CCCGCCCUCCUGCACCUGACUACUGACGUCGGAAUUCCACCGCUGGCACAUCGGCAAAGCACCGGACAGACAUGAGCUCCACCGGCUCCAGAGGGACGCCGAGAUCCAGUAUGGGACCCUCCCACAACGCAUCCUCAGUGCUGAGCCUGAACAUUGGAGGCCACAUCUAUUGGACCACUUUUGGUACCCUAAAUCGGUUCCCGGGCUCCAAGCUGGCCGAGAUGGUCAACGGGCAGUCCAAGGCGAGGAUGGACCAGGACGGGAGAUACUUCAUUGACCGCGAUGGCACCCACUUCCGGCACGUGCUGGACUUCCUCCGGGGCAGAGACCCGCCGCCCCACCUGGCCAAGGAGGUCUACCAAGAGGCGGUGUACUAUGACAUUGAGCCGCUGGUCAAGCUGCUGGAGGACUCCCCCAAGCUCUUCGGUGAGGUGGUGGGACGCCGGCAGUUCCUGGCCAGGGUGCCCAACUACCAGGAGAACAUCGAGGUGAUGGUGCGGGUGGCCAGGGCCGAGGCCAUGGCCGCCAGGCACUCCACGGUAAUUGUGUGCGUGGUCAAGAAGGAGGAGGAGGUUCCCAAGUGCCAGGAUGCAGUGAACACCCUGGACACGGACAAGGAGUCGGUGGUGCAGUUCGGACCUUGGAAGGCUCCACCUUCCGUCUCGGACCUCCUGCAUUGCAUCCAACUGGACAUUGAGAGCAAGGGCUACCAGGCAUCCUGCCGGCCUCUGGAGAUGGGGAAAGGAUUCCUUACCAGACCCUGUGAGUUCCUCUACAAGUUCACCUUCACCUGGUGGUGAGACAGAGCCCUCAACUUCUCCCAAGCGAAUGUUUGGCAUGGGGGUGGGGGCACCAUUGAGACUCAGGAAACUGAAGAUCGGACAAGUAGGAGGCUUGUUAAAGCUUCAGGACAAUACUGUAAAUUAUCUGGUCUAUCGCGGCUGUGCCAGCACUUUGAUGAAGCACUCUACUAGAUGCCAUCUCCACCCCCCUGGGCAUUGCUCUCUCCAGGUACUUUAUUGAGAGAUGCAGUGUCGAGUAGGCCCUUCCUUCCCUUCAUGCUGUCCCACGCAGCAACCCGACCAUUUCACCCUAACGUAAUCACUGGACAAUUGACAAUGACAAAUUCCAGUCGCUACGUCUUGGGACUGUGAGAGGAAACUGGAGCACCUGGAGGAAACCAAGGUGCUUCAUGAGAAGGACGUGAAGACUUCCUGACAGAGCAUGCCAGAAUUAUACUUCAAACGCUGAUGUCCUGAGCUGAGCUAACCGCUAUGCCAUUGAGGCUCCCAGUUUUUCCCAUUUUUAUUCAGUAUUCCUGUUUAAAUCAUUUCGGUCUGAUCUCUCCGCUUGUUUUGGAACACUUUGUAACCAAUUACCCAGAUUCUCCAAUGUCCGGGUUCACACCUCCUCGGUGGUGACAUCUACUACCGUUUCUGAAAUAAUUAACCUCCUUUCUGUGCUGGAGUAUUAACUAGGUCAUUUUCAUAGAACAUAGAGCACUACAGGUCCCUUGCUGACCUUUUAACCUACUCCAAGAUCUAUGUAACGCAGCAUGGCAGAAUAGUAGUUAGCUCAUCCCUUUACAGUGCUGUUUGGCGUUCAGUUCCCACUGCUGCUUGUGAGGUGUUUGUACAUUCUCCACCUGACCGUGUGGAUUUCCUUCUGGAGCUCCGGUUUCCUCCCACUUUCCAAAGAUGUACAGGUUAGGGUUAGUGAGGUUGGUGCCAGAAGUGUAGCAGCACUUGCGGGCUGCCGAGCACAAUCCUCACUGAUUUGAUUUUAUGCAAACAACACAUUCCACUGUACGUUGUGUUGUUUCAAUGGAGAUUUGACAAAUAAAGCUAAUUUUUUAAUCUUUCCCACAGGGCCCUCCAUUUUUUUUUUCAUCCAUGCGCCAAUCUAAGAGUUUCUUAAAUGUCCCUAACAUGUCUACCUCUAUCACCAGUGCUUUCUGUGCAUUUACCAUUCUCUGUGUUAAAUAUCUACCUCUGAUAUUCCAACCCCCACCAUUACACUCCUCCUAUCACCUUAAAACUAUGCCCCUCCUAUCAGACACUCCUGACCUCGAAUAAAGCCCCUGGCUGUCCUCUCUAUCUGUGUCUCUUAUCAUCUUGUACACCUCUCAUCCUCCUUUGCUCCGAGGAGAGAAGUGGGAGCUUGCAUACCCUCUCCUCAUCCAGGCAGCACCCUGGUUUCUUUUGGAAAGAUUUUAAAGUGGAUUCCAAUCAAGCAUCUUCAUACAAAGAAAACAGCAGGCAAAGAAAAGAGACUCAUUCUCUCCACUCUGCUUGGUAAAUGUCUCUGAUCCCAUUAACUAGUAAAUUUUCAGAGGAAAAUGGUUUCAAAAUGUUCCUCUGUUUGGAAAACAGAUUAGCUUUAUUUGUCACAAGUGUAUCGAAAGAUACAGUGAAUUGCAUCGUUUCGUAUCGACGACUAACGCAGUCCGGGGGGGUGUUCUGGGGGCAGCCCGCAUGUCAUCAUGGUUCCGGUGCCAACCUCGCAUGCUCACAACUCACUAACCCAAACCCGUAGGAAUCCCACGCGGUCAAGGGGAGAACAAACAAACUCCUUACAGACCGCGGCAGAAUUGAACCCCAAUCGUGCAGCUGGCGCAGUAACGACUUACACUAACCGCUAUGCUACCAUGCUGCCUAGUUUUAGAUUCUCCUGCCCUGGGGCAGAGGUGCCAACUUCCAUAGUUUUAUAAACGUCUAAGGUCACCCCUCGGCCUCUUACUGAGGACAAACACUCACUAUCCAAUCUCUCCUUAAAAGUACAGCCCUCCAUUCCAGGUAACAUCCUGGUGAAUCUCUUCCACACACUCUGUACUGCUACAACAUUCUGCAGUUUGGUGACCAGAACUGUGCAAUGCCUCGACUCACUUCACAUCUAAAUGAUCCCAUUAGGACGCCACAGUAGCGUAGCAAUUAACAUGACCCUAUUAAAGUUCAAUUCUGAUGCUGUCUGUAAGAAGUUUGUACGUCCUUCCCAUAUACACAUAGGUUUCCUCCAAGUUCUCUGGUGUCCUCCCACAUUCCAAAAACAUACCAGUUAGUAGGGAUCAUUGUCAAUUGUCCUGUGAUUAGGCUAGGGUUAAAUAGGUGGGUUACUGAGUGGUGCAGGCUUCUUGGGCCAGAAGUGUCUGUUCCACAUUGUAUCUCUAAACAGACACUGGUCUCCAUAUGGAACUAUGGGAAACUAAUGUAAUGGAUAAUUCAAUUGGUGGGCAUCAUAGGUGUUGAUAAUAUGUGAUUGGCCCACUUUUGACAGAAUCAGAAUUAGAACUAAUUUUGUUAUCACUGACUUAUAUGAAAUGUGUUGCUUUGUGGUAACAGUGUGGUGAAAAGGCAUCUAAUUUACUAUGAAAUUUUGAAAUAAAUAACAAGGUAGUGUUAUUGGGUUGGUUCAUUGUCCAUUCAAAAAAACUGAUGGUGGAAGGGAAGAAUCUGUUCCUAAAACAUUGACUGUGCAUCUUCAGGCUCCUGUACCACCUCCCUGAUGGUAGCAAUGAGAAGAGGGCAUGGCCUGGGUGAUGUGGGUCCUUAAUGAGGGUGCCACCUUUAAUGAGACAUUGUCGUUUGAAGAUGUCCUCGAUGGUGGGAGGGCUAGUGCCCUUGAUGGCGCUGGCUGAGUUUACAACUUUCUGCAGCAUUUUCCAACCCUGUGCAGUGGCCCCUCCAUACCAGACGGUGAUGUAGCCAGUUAGAAUGCUCUCCAUGAUACAUCUGUAGAAAUUUGCUGGAGUCUUGGUGACAUACCAAAUCUCCUCAAACUCCUCAUGAAACAUAGCCAUUGUUGUGCCUUCUUUAUAAUUGCGUCAAUAUGUUGGGCCCAGGACAGAGCUUCAGAUAUCUUAAUGGAACUUAAUGAAGAUAAUUAAUCCAGGGAACUACAACUGAGAAAUAUUUAAUAACACUAAAUAAGUAGUGCAGAAAGAGAGUAAAAUGGUGAGGUUGUUUUCAUAGACCAUUCAGAAUCUACUGACAGAGGGCAACAGAUAGUUCCUAAAUCAUUGAGUGUGGGUCUUCAGGCUCUUGUACCUCCUUCCUGAUGGCAGUAAUGAGAAAAUGUCCCAUAGUCAUGUAGCAAUUAGCAUGAUGUUAUUACACGUUGGGGUAUGAGAGUUCAAGUUCAAUGUCAUCUGUAAGGAGUCUGUACAUCCUCCCCAUGGAAUGCAUGGGUUUUCUCCAGAUGCUUCGGUUUCCUCCCACAGUCCAAGGACAUAACGGUUAAUAGGUUAAUUGUAAAAAUUAUCCCGUGAUUAGCCUACAGUUAAUUGAGGGCUCGAAGGGCCUAUUCCAUGCUUUAUCUCAAUCAAUUAAUCAAAAAAUAAAUAAAGGUGAAUUUGAUUUGCCACUUUCCAUGGGCUGAUUCUAGUACAACGAGAUCAGAUUACAAAAAUGGCUCAAUUUUCUUUUUGCUUGCUGGAACCAGUAGGUAGGUUAACCUUUGACCCUAAAUACCAGAUACCCUUCACCUGUCCCCAAAUGGAUUGAAGUUUCUUUUGUGCACCCCGCUAUCAUCGAACGUCUGAUUGCAGUUAUGAUCGAAGCAAUUCAGUAUGGUUGCUUAGUCCCAGUGAGAAAUGUACAGAAUGCUUCUUGCUGCUCAUUUAGAACAUGAACCAGUACAGCACAGGAACAGGCCCUUCAGCCCACAAUGUUGAGCCAGACCUAUCAAAUUAGUAAUCAAAUGGCCAACUAAAUUAAUCCCCUCUGCCUACACAACGUUCAGAACAUUCCAUUUUCCUCAUAAGCAUGUGCCUAUCUAAAUGUCUCUUAAAAACCCCUAAUGGAUCUGCCUCUACCCCCACCCUAAACAACACCUUCCAGGCACUCACCCCUCCAUGUGUGUAAAAAAAAAAAGCGCUUGCUCCUCAUAUCUCCUUUGAAAUUACCUCCUCUCAUCUUAAAUGUGUGCCCUCUGGUAUUAUUCAUCUCAACCCUGGGUAAAAGAUACUGUCUGUCUAAUCUAUCAGCCUCUCAUAAUCUUAUAAACCACUGUCUGACCUCCCCUCAGUCCACCACUCCAGAGAAAACAACCGUGGUUUGUCCAAUCACAUGUUACAGCACAUGGCCCUCUAAUCCAGGCAGUCUCCUGGUAAACUUCUGCACCCUCUCCAAAGCCUCGACAUCCUUCCAAUAAUAUGGAAAGUCUCCUUCGCACCUCCACAGUAACAUUAGAAGAAGCAACAAUACAAUUUCCAUCACAGACUUUAGGUCAUGAAUUCUCUCUGCUGUAGUUCACCAAUACUCUAAAAGACUCUGAUUAAUAAAUAAUUCUAGUUUUAACAAUAAUUAAUAGGGAAAAAAGAAUAUUUUGGCUGUCACUGAUGUACUUUCUUCUACCUUCAACCCUUUGGAGCUUGUGCUAGUGUUGAAACACAGUGCUCCAUAUUACCGAUGAUUGCCCUUACAGAAUUUGUGAAUUGCUACCCAAAAAUCUGAGAUGUAUAAUAAAAUUCAUUCUUACAGAAAUUACAUGGAAAUAAUUUAAUAAAUAGAUACAAAAUGCAUUUUCUUUUGAACUCAUAUUUCUUGAUGCACAUGCUGUCGACGCUGUUUUGCGUUACGGAAACUGGCGGCACAGACCACGUUCUAGGUAAGCCAAAGUAAUACAAUCACUCGUUGGGUCUGGCGUCCUCCUCACGGGGCGUCUAUUGGAGGGUCCACCGGUGGCUGGAGAGGCCGAGCUGGGAUCCGCACAUUCCGGUGCAGAGUAAGUGGUGACUGUGGUCAGUGGUUUGGGUCUUUUGCUUGUUCGGUCUCUCCUUUCACAGCUGCCGCUUGUUCUCAGCGACACAGCGGAGGUCGUUCUCAUGUAGCGCAGCUUCACCUUGAACAGAUUUCCCCCAAUUCAAAGUCAGAGUAAAUAUAUUAUCAAAGUGCAUAUAUGUCGCCAUUUUGCUGAGACUCAUUUUCUUGCAGGCAUUUACAGGUCAAC